GUAAAGCGGGGGUUUCAGACUCGUUUCACAUUAUGCCUGAUCCAAGGGGAACACAGUUGAAAGUUAAUGUAAACCCAGAGACCAUUUAUGACAUUCUUGAACGGAUCGGAAGAGGCUCUUUCGGGGAAGUUUAUAAGGGUGUGGAUAGAAGGACAAGAGAAGUUGUAGCUAUCAAGCUCAUUGAUCUGGAAGCAGCUGAGGAUGAGAUUGAAGAUAUACAACAGGAAAUCAAAGUUUUGUCUCAGUGCAACAGCCCGUACAUCACAAAGUAUCAUGGUUCUUAUUUGAAAGACACUACACUGUGGAUCGUCAUGGAAUACUUAGGUGGUGGAUCGGCCCUGGAUUUAAUGAAACCGGGACCUAUACCAGAAGUUCAUAUAUCCACUAUUUUGAGAGAGAUAUUAAAGGGAUUAGAUUACCUACAUAGUCAAAGUAAAAUUCAUAGGGAUAUUAAAGCUGCUAAUGUCCUGCUUUCCUACAGUGGUGAUGUAAAGUUGGCUGACUUUGGCGUCGCUGGUCAGUUGAGUUCAACUAUAACUAAGCGUGGCACCUUUGUGGGGACCCCAUUCUGGAUGGCUCCAGAAUUAAUUCAACGAUAUGCGUAUGAUUUUAAGGUAGAUAUAUGGUCUACAGGAAUUACAGCCAUUGAAUUAGCUAAAGGCGAACCACCUAAUGCUGACCUACAUCCAAUACGUGUUCUCAUGCUUAUCCCAAAGAACCCUUCUCCUCAGUUGACUGGCGAUUUUAGUAAGGUAUUCAAAGAUUUUGUAGAUUGCUGCUUGACUAAAGUUCCAGAAAAUAGACCAACUGCACAUGAACUGCUACGUCACAGUUUUAUUAAAAAGGCUCGUAAAACAGCUUUUCUGCAAGAGCUAAUUGAGCGCUAUCGAAAAUGGCGUGAUGAAGGUGGAGAUGAUGAUGCAGAUGGUGAAUCUGACGACGAUGGUCUUGUUCCAGACGAGGAAGAUCUUGUAAAUGCUCAUCCAAAUACUCCUGGAGCUCCUGUUGGUGCUGAAAAGCCCGGUCAAAAGAAGAAACAUUUUGAUGGUAUGAGACCGGGAAAAGCGUCUGAUACAUUCAAGUGGAAUUUUGAAACAGUUCGUGCUAUGCCAUCACAGUCUGCACAGGUUUCUCAUAAUCCAGGUUCAGCCUACUCUUCCCCCGAUGUUUCUACUACCCACCAUUCUUCUUCAUCGUCACCAUCCAGUUCAGAUGCCCAGUCUGUUAUCAAGCGAACAUCUGGUGGUCCUGCACUUGAAGCCGAACGACGUCUCUCUGAUGGAUAUGAAUCACGUGCUGCGAACCCUGCAAUAGGAGGACCUCUUCAUUCGGGGUUUCAACCUUCACAAAUUGGUAUAUGUACAUCAGAUGAAAAUUCUCGUGUCCAAAUGUCACGUUCAGCAAUGAAUUCAAAUCAGAAUACCACUGGUCCUAAUGCAUCUUCCGGCCCUACUAAUAUUCCGAUUAUCCGGCCACAAAAUGUUCAACCUGUUACUAGAAUUAUGGCUAGCGAUAUUCCUCAGUCUCGUCAAGUUUAUGUUGGUGAUCCUGGACACUCGAAAUUAGUCAACUCAAAGAAUAUUUCUACAUCAGCUAAUAACAAACCUCAACAUAGUCAAUCACCACCAUUGGUUGUAAAUCUGAAUAAACCAUCUUGUUUCCAUCAGCACGUUUUACCUUUGCUUCAGGAUGUAAGAUAAAUUGUUUUGCACUAACACUGGACUCAUUUUAAUGCGUAUGGCUUCCAUUUUUCUGAAAAAAAUUGUAUAGUGUUAACUUUGUGUAACGUAUGAUUUUGUUACUAUGUUUUCCCCAGUUUGAAUCAUAUAUUUGCCGAACAACUGUGUUGGUCAAAUAUAACAUUACAGGGACUUAAUCUGUCUCUGACAUUUUUCCUCAGUCAAAAACUAUCAGAAUAAUUAAAUAAAUUAAUUUUUUAAAAUAUCCCAAUGAGUAGAAAAAUUAGAUUUUCUGACGUUUUGUGACUUCUUCAGAUAAUAAUAAUAUAAAGAAUAAUAUUAAAUAAUAUAAAGAACCAACGCAAGAAUAUUAUGUGCGAUCAUUUAAAAAACAGGUCUGAACAAAUCAAUGUCAUGUCAUUUCGAUCAAGGUAUGUGUGCAAGAUUAGAGAUGAAAAAAGUGAUCUUUCUGGUGAGAAAAGAUAAAGUUUAAUUUGUAUGUAAGGUAAUAGUGUGAAAUGUGAAUAAUAUCAGACAUGAUAGAUAGGAUAGAUAGUCGGAUGUAUAGUGAGGCUUUUCUAUUGAAAGCAAUGGGAUUAGGCAUUAUAUUUGAAAAGCCUCAGCUACUAUCCUUUCUUUAUAGUUCGAAAAACGUUUUUGUAAUAUUUUGAUGUUUUUAAAAUCGAUUUUGUGGUUGUUGAAAGUGGCGUGAACUGCUAUUACUCAUUUAAUUCGAAAUCUAUUCAGUUCUAUGGGAUUAUUAGAUGUUUUCUUUUUGCACCUAAUGUUCUUUGGCUCGAGUGAAGAUUUCUUGAGGUGACUCUCCAGUAUCGAAGGCAUCACAAUUGAUGCAUCCUAAUUUGUAGACAGUUUUGUGUUGACAUAAAUGGGAGUUUAUCUUUUAAGCGAACUAAAGUAUUUCGUAAGUUUUCGUUGUUUUGUAAUAUACUUUAAUCCUAUGUUCUUUUAAAAUUCUUUGGAGUUCUGUCGUACCAUGACGGUAUGGUAAAACUGUAGUAACAAUCCAUCGUAUUUCAUUCGAAUUACUAUUAAUCAUUGAAACAUUUUGCUUUAAUACACUUCUAAUAAUCUUCGUACGAAAAUUAUUGAAUUGUAAGAUAUUGAUUACAUUCUUUUGUUAUUUUUGUUUAUCCGCUUCCUAUGUGAUAAUCUUGUUAACUCUUAAAAGAUUUCGGACUAGUGAGAUUUUUGCACUGAAUGGAUGUGCUGCAUUGAAGUCGAUGUAACAAUUUGAGUGUGUAGGUUUUCGGUAGAUGAAUAGAUUUAGAAUCCCAUUUAGAUUUCUUUUUACUAAGCAAUCUAAAUAUGGCAGCUCACCAUGUUCAUCUUCAUUCUCGUUCGUAAAUUUGAUGUGCGAUGAAAGUGUAUCGAUCCGUUUCGAAAAAGACCUUAGAUGAGUUUUUUGUCACAACAAACGUAUCAUCUACAUAUGUAAGCCAAAUUCGUGGUUUAAUGUCAUUGGCGAAAAUAUUCGAUUCUAUGUGUGCCAAAAACAUGUUGGCUACAACCGGGGACACAGGGGAAUCCCAUUGCUACACAGUUAGUUUGUUUGUAUAAUGUCCCGCUAAAAGUAAAUAGUGUCGAAUUUAAACAAAGUUUUAAGGAUUUCAUGAUUAAACCAUUGCUUAAAUGACAUCUUUCAGAAAGUGUUGCUGUUCUCUAGUAAACCACUAAUGAAUUCUAAGAAGUUAUCAAUAGGAAUACUAGUGUAAUAAAACAACAUCAUAGCUUACCAUGAUUUCAUUCUUUUCGAUAAUUAAUUCCGAUAUUUUAAUUUAAAGUCAUAGGAAUCUUUAAUUAUAUUAUGUAAGCUAAGUUGUAGUGGCUUUAAUAUGCUGCUCAGAUAUUUCGAUAAUCCAUGUGUUGGUGUGUUCGUGAAGUCUACUAAAGGUCUUUGAGGAAUAUCUGGCUUAUGAAUUUUAGGUAAACCAUAAAAACGUAAUAUAAAAUAUAAUUAAUUUUGACUUGGUUAUUUAUUCUCUGAAGAUGUGGCUUAUACUGACUCACGAAACGUCAGAAAAUCGAAUUUUUCUACUCAUUGGGAUAUUACAAGUAUAUUAAUUUAUUUAUAACAAUCUAACUAAUGCUCAAUUUAUUCUAAAGUAGCAAGUCAAACCUUGAUAAUGAUACCUUCAAAUAAUAAUUAAUGGUUUCAAUCUAUGAAAUCUGUCGAUACUUAUUCGAAUAAAACUUGUGAUAUUUGUUAAACGUCUGGGACGAUAAUUGUGGUAAAUAAAAACUAGGGCUGAAUGCUACUUAAAAUAACAUCUGGUGUCUUAGAGAGGUUUUACUGGAGUUAAUGAAAAUUCUAUCACUGACAUUGUAUCUCAGUCAGUAGAAAUUAUUGACCAGCAGAGUAUGACGUCGGGUGAUGCAGUUACUCAUCUAAGACAAUGGAGGAUUGUUGAUUCAUAUGGUCAAUUGUUUAAAAUCAAACAUGUAAAUUUUUGGGUGUCAAUUUAGUGGUCUAAAUGUGGUGAGACGUGAUAAUUUUGUAUUCGACCCACUGAAAGUUCGUGGAUGCUUGUUAUUGAGAUGUCUGAUACUAGGACGAAACAGCGAUCCAGUGUCUCUUGGUUUAAAAAAAUUUCUUAAAUACGAUUAGUAAUUUCCACAAACCACCUAUUGUAAUAAUAGGGGAUUUCGUAUCACAAGGGUUCUCCGUUUAAGCUCAUCAAGUGAAUGUAUAAUCGGAUUUCGUUUUGUAAACAAUAAAAUAAGCGAUUUGAUUGAUUCGAUAAAAAGUGUUGAUUUAUUAUUAUUUGUGUUGUCUUCAGGUUUUUAUGUGAUUACCUGUAUAAACGAUACUGUUAAAAGUCGAGUUAUCUCAAAAUAAUAUGAAGUUUGUCAGACCGUACACUCAAACAUUUUAUUUUGUAAUAUGUUCUCAUUGUAUUACAUUUAUCCUCUUUUUAUCAAGUCCAAAUGUUUUGUGAUUUUUUCUUCAGCUCCAAGAUGUUUACAGUCAAGU